AUGGAGUUCUGGGGUGUGGAAGUGAAGCCGGGACAGUCUCUUUCUUGUGACGCUGGUAACGAGUUUAUUAUUCAUCUCUCACAGGCUGCCCUUGGUGAAACAGAGAAAGAAAGCGGCAAUACAGUUGUAUCUGCUAAAGUCGGUGGUAACAAGGUGGUCAUUGGAACUCUUUCUGCUGAAAAUCGACCUCAGAUUCAAUUUGAUUUGGUUUUUGAGAAAGAAUUUGAGUUAUCACACAGUUCGGAGACUGCCAGUGUUUUUGUGUGCGGUUACAAGCUUGCCAUCCUUUGUGUCCUUGACCUGCUAGUUGCUUUCUUCACAUCUGAUUCUAGCAAAGAUAAAGGUGAAGUGAAUGCUGUAAACAAUCAAGUGAUCAAUCCUACUGCUGAUGAGGAUGAUAGUGAUUCUUCUGAUAGUGAUUCUUCUUCUUUAGAUGACUUAUCUUCUUCAGAUGAUGACUUGACUGAAGAUGAGUCCAGCACCGAAGGUGAUUCGAGUGAAGAGGAUGAUACCAGUACCGAAGAGGAUGACAGCAGUAGUGAAGAGAUUUAUACCAGCAGCGAAGAGAUUGCUACCAGUAGCGAAGAGGAUUCAAGUGAUGAGGAAAGCAAAAGCACUCCUGUUAAGCCUGAGGAUGGCAAGAAGAGGGUAGCUGAAACUGCCUUGAAGACACCUGCUUCUGACAAAAAGGCAAAGGUUGCAACACCAUCUUGCCAGACAACAGGUGAUGACAAGAAUGUUCCUCAUGUGGCCACUCCAACAAAGGAGGCCGGCAAGGCGUCUGGGAACAGCAACGGCAAACCAAAGGCAAAGUCCCCCAAAUCUGUCGGCACUCAUGCCUGCAAGUCGUGCCGCAGGACAUUUGGAAGUGAUUUCGCGCUCCAGUCCCAUGAGAAGGCAAAGCACACCUGA